AUGUCGAUGUCGGGUGGGAGAGGGAAGGUGGUGGUGCGGCUGGAGGGGAAGCAGCGGCAGGGAGAAGAUGCGGCGGCGGCGGCGGCGGUGAUGCGGCGGCGGCAGCAGGAGCGGAAGCUAUUUAGGAAGAGGAUCGUAUAUUCAACAGUGCUCUCCCACUUUGCCGGAGCGCCGCCGUCGCUGCCGGUGUUCCGGCACUUCUUCACGCUGUCUUCGUUCCCGCACAGGCUCUACUCCCUCCGCGGCAAAGACGCUGCCGGCGCCGGCCCGCUCUUCCGCCAGUUGAAGGGCACGGACGCGCGGUGGAGGAAGGAGUUCUUCUUCCUGUCGUCACCGGCAGCGUCGCCGUGGCAGUGCCCUGUUCAGUGGGGGAGGCCAUUCAGGUCCGCCACGUCUGAUCCGUCGCUCAACGGCCCGGAGAAGGCCGUGGCGGCGAGCCUGCUGCGCGCUCGCGGUGGUUCCCCGAUCGAUCUCACGGCGUAUCUCCGCGACAGCAACUUGGCCGCGGCCAAGACCAUCGUGGCACUAUCACCGCCGCCGCCGACUCCUCAAGGUGAGCUACUCAAAGGAGCAGCGCGCUCGCCAGCGAGGGAGGCUACGGUGAAGAGCGAGCCGGACUGCGAUGCGCCGUCGUGGUCCGGAAAAGAGAAGAAGCGGAAGCGGCCGGAGCACCAUGCAACCGGCGAGAGCUCAGCGUCGGGGUACCUCUCUUUCCCGCCGGGGUUCUCCCCACAUCACCGGAAGGCACGGACCACAACUAGGACUACGAGCAAACACGGGAAGCAACUCCACGGCGGCGACGACGGGGACACGAGCGGCUGGAAGGCGGCGAGGCAACUGCUGCAGGGCAUCGUCACGCCGGAGCGGCAGCGCGAGCACGCGGCGUCCAGGCCGGCCGACGUCGUCGCCUCGAGCUACGUGUCGCUGCUCCAGACGGCGAACGAGGUGGCCUUCUCGCUGGGUUACGCUCUGGAGCUCGAGGAGAGGCUGAGGGACGCCGACGAGCUGCGGGCGGAGCUGCGCAAGGUGAAGGCCGAGCUCGCCGAGACCAAGGCCAAUGCCGUGGCGGCGGCGGCGCGGGAGUCCCGGGGGCCCAGGGCGCGCUGACGAAGAGCUCUUCUUGGAUCCCAUGCCUACACCAUGUCUCCACGGUGAUAUGCACACACCAUUUCAUCAAAUUAUAUUAGACUGAUGGACCUACUUAUUCAUCUUUGAGCUGCGGAUUGACAUAUUUAGGCUUGUUUGGAUUGAAUUUGAAUUUUGUGUUGCGGGCAACACAUUUGCUAUCACUGGUAGCUUUGAGAUUCGGAUCGUAUAUUCUCAACCCAUUCCUAUGUACUAAUACUUUCUAUUCAUGAUUAGCUGCACUCUUUUAAAUUAAAUUUCCAAAAUAAUGUAAGUUUUCAUUUUUGGCAAAACAAUAUAUAUUUUUGAAGAAAAAAAUUACUUGCAUAUAUAAUUGAUUCAAAUAGGGUGUUUCUACCAAGUUCACUGUCUUCGAGACACAUUAACAUACUGGACUGCUACUCGUGGCUUUCUAUAGGUGGGCACACCAGCUUGCUCAAUGUAUGCAGGCCACCCGGGAGGAACCCUAGCCGCCACCGCAGCAGUCCCCCUCUCCUCCUCUUCCUCCUCCCGCCGCCGCCGGAGGGUGUUGCCGGGAAAAUCCCGCGCGGCGGCGACGGCGGCGGGGACGGCUCUCCUCCUCUCGCU